GGCCGAGUAACCGACGACGAUCCCCGCGGUUCCGUACCAUCCCAACAUCUUCCGUCCUCUGUCCCGCAACAAGUGUUCACCGACAUAAAACGCGUAUCUACACGCAUUGGGGAUCCUGCAGUCGUCACGCACGCCGAGUUGUUUCACCAUAUGCAGAAUAAGAAAAAAUGAGGAUUUAUGCCGUUCACGGAUUUAAUUCGAUCGUCUGGCAAAAUACAUUUCCAUAUGCCACGUAACCCGAGAUCCUAGCGUGGAACUCAAUGUACUUUCAAUAGUGUGUCAGAUAUUAAUAUUCCAAAACACCGUGGGAAGAGCAAAACAAAUCUAACAAAAUGAUACCAACAAACGUCAUGUCAUUCAUCAACAAGAUCGUGCCGCCUGUGCCGGAAACAAACUCUGGGUCUGAAUCUUCAGUGCCAGAACAAGGUACUAGAUUCAGUAAAAUCCGGCAAACUCUGUCAUCGAGUUUAAUGACAGCACAAGAUAAAAUGACCACCAAGCUGAAUAGUGCUAGUAGUCGUCAAAGUCCUGCAGAGAGUAGCCCUACUUCUAGUCCUGCGUCUCCACCAGAAGAUAAUUCGAAUAAACAACCUACAACAACAUCUAAACCAGAAAUGGCCAAACAACCAGCAUGCCGGUCUGGUGGUUGCCGAGUUUGUUUGAAAAGCUUUAAAGAAGGCGACUACUCUCGGGUGUGCUUCGGAUGCAAGUUCAAGGUGUGCGAGGAUUGCGCAACUUCGUACACGAAGAUCGGCGAAGAUGAGAACACUUGGUGCUGCAGUAUUUGCCGGCGCAAACAACAAAGUACGUCUAUAUUGCAACCGGUGUUGACACAAAAUUCGACUGACAGCCUGUUGGAUGUGCCCAUAGCAGACACGCUACAACGGCGGCAUUCAGACGUGAAAAUUGGACGCAAUUCCGGGAACGCCGGGUCUGGGAACGGAUCACUGGGCUCAGGACUGGCACCGCCGCGGUCCCCCGAGCUCCGACGACACUCGGAUGUGUCGCCAGCAACACUGAAGGACAUGGAAAAGGCUGCAGCUGCACUGAAAGUGGGCGAUAGGAGUCGCAUCACGGAUGACAAACUGUGGAACAGAGAUACAGGACUCAGACAGAAACGAGGAUCCGCUGGUGCAGUAGUUGGCCAAAGUACGAAUCAAACACAGCCCACAGUAUUUCGGUUCGACACUCGCCGAGAAUCAAAAAUAUCCAUACCUGCCGAUGAUUCCACGGAUGAUCCUGACGACGCAGAAAAUCGUUGGAGGAGAGGAGCACGGGGUGCUGUUCAAAGGGUAAGAAGAAAGUCCAGGGUGCAAAAACAGCAUAGCUAUGAUGAUGACAUAAAGCCCGGCGUCGGGCAACAAGGAGGACAGGGUGUACCUUCGACUUUGACUGCUGAGGGACAAGCUCAACUGCCGAGACGAGCGUCAGCGUACGACGUAUAUCAAAACCGUGUGGACCAGCAGCAAGGUUCGUCGCCGGUAAAUCGGAGGUCCAGUUUCCGGAUACAGCAAGACGACGACGUUAGUGGAGCCGGAGGAGUGCAGCAAAAAGAUCAGUCACAAAGUCUGGGAAUGAACAACGACGAGGAGUGGAGGCCACGUAGACGUGGUUCGCAAUUGCCGGACAUCAGCAACUUACGGUCAUCCGCCGAUUCUAGAGGAAGUCGAAACUCGUUUUCCAACCGGAGUGGCGGAGACGGUCAACAAUUGCAACAACAACAACCGCAACAGCCACAACAGCAGCCGCCACCCGUCAUCCAAGAAGCCGAACAGAACGAAACUGUCCGCAGACAGCCGUCUGUAGCCGGCGAAGAGAUCAAGAUAGUCAUACAUGACGUGGAUUUUGAUCCGAACACUAUGGGUAUUCGUUCAGGUUCCAAACGUAAAGUAAUUUUGAAGCGUGACCUAACAGACAAAGCUCAUCGAACUCGAGGAUUUGGCAUGAGAGUCGUGGGAGGUAAGAUUGGCCCAGACGGACAGAUGUUUGCGUCGAUUGUGUGGACUGUUCCGGGUGGCCCGGCAGAAAAAUCUGGUCUACAGCAAGGCGAUAAGGUCCUUGAGUGGGCUGGUGUGUCGUUGGCCAAUCGCAGUUUCGAAGAGGUGUGUGGUAUCAUCGACCGCUCAGGUGACGUUGUGGAACUAUUGGUGGAACAAGGAUAUGAAUUAAGGAUUUGCGAUCUACUCGACGAGCCUGGGCCAAUGACAUCGAGAAAGAACUCUGGUGAAGCGAUGGGUUUGCAACUAGAUGGUUCAGACUCUCCGGCGUCCCCAACGAGAAGAAAACUACCUAAGACUCCGACGUCUGGUAUGGCCCAACCCAUCCCUGAAGAUUCUAUUCGAGAAAGAAAUAUCAUUGGUGGUAUUCAAAUGCAAGUCUGGUACAGAGACGGCAAAAAUGAAUUGUCCAUAUCUGUCUUGGCAGCUAAUGGCUUGCAGAUGAGAAACGAUGCUGAUUAUGGUUCACUGCCCGAAGCAUAUGUGCAGAUAAAACUUCUUCCGUUCACUGUGGAGACAAAUAUUGUAAGGACCGGUGUCGCAGAACCAUCAUUGAACCCUAUAUGGAAUACCACACUUGAAAUGCCAAAUGUUCGUUCUGAGACACUAAUCGAAAAGCAAAUGGAAGUCAUACUUUACGAUUACAGACCAGAUAAAGACGACGUCAUAUUAGGCGAGUUUGUAGUAAAUUUACAAAACGCACUUUUAGACAAUGCGAUGAUAUGGUAUGAGUUGGAGUCACCAAAUCAUAGUAAAGCCUCUAAAUCACCUAGAAGCUCAAUUUCUGAGACUGGAAAAGGAGGAUUACGGAGUCAAAUCCGUUCAGUAUCUGAAGAACGCGAACUCGAUGGAUUCUUACAUCCAGAUCACGCUUAUAUGGCGAAUUCUCGCCGAGGGUCGAGCCAGUCGGAACAGUUGGACGUUGAACCGUAUCAGCUGAAUAAGGAUUUUUCUCGGUCAUUGCCAGGGUCUCGUCGUAGUUCAUUCCAAUCAAUACAAAACACCGACAAAGAUCCUGAGCUAACGACCACUCCUUACACGAACAGAAGUCGGCGCAGGAGUUCGUGCACCCCCCGGCAAGAUCCGGACGAGAUCCUUAAAAACUUAAAAGCCGUAAAAGGAGAAUUGCUCGGUCGUAGUAUGAGCAUUUGUGGUGAUAAAAGAGGAAUGCGAAGGGGUAGCUUGUGUAUGCGACCACAUAAAGAGUCUGUUAUGGAAAAACCUGAACCAACGUCCAAAUACGAAGACGAAACAGUUGGUGAUUCCAUUCAACUGGGUCCGGGCCAAAUUAUGCCACGCGGAUACGGCAUAAGUUCAGGUUGUCAUAUUGAACUCAAACUAGGAUUACUAAUGACCAAAGGUCAGCUUGAAGUCGACGUGUCGUGCGCUCGUGGAAUAAGAGCCGAAGAUUCGCCACCAGAUACUUACGUGAAAACGUAUCUCCGAGAAAAUGACCGUUGGUUACAGAAACGUAAGACUCGCGUGGUCCGUCAUAACUGCAAUCCGGAAUACAACCAAACACUUAGGUACUCCGCGUGCGAUGUGUUGGGCAGGUCACUACUAGUAAUGCUUUGGGAACGGCAAAAAGGUUUUGAGCACAACCAAGGUUUGGGCGGGGCCGAAGUCACCCUCGACGCUCUAAAGCUGACACAAGUCACCGAAGGAUGGUAUCCACUUUUCCCUAUACAGAGUUUAGGCUCCGACUCCAAUGACUCUCCGUGACGUUAUGCCAUGAAGUGCCGUUUGUAAUUAAUAUAUAUAUAUAUAUAUAUAUAUAUAUCAACUCAGCUCCAAGUACUGUCAUCUUGGGAAAUGUAAUUACGUAUUAAUUGUUUUCUCUGGAUUUUUUUUUUAUUUUAUUUUAUCAUUAUACUAUUGUGAUCCUGCAGUAUAUACCUAUUAAAUUUCUAUAACUCAUACAUAUUAUAAAUAUUACUGAACUCAUAGCUAUAAAAUAUACGAAAUGUAUCGUUAUCAUAUAAGAAACCAAACCGCAUGAUAAAAUUCAAUUUAAUUUACGUUCAGAUAAAAAUGUACUUUUUUUUAUUUAUUUUCAAUUUUUUUUUUUUUUAUUCAUCGUAUAGUUUCUAAAAAUUAAAAAUAAUAUAUUAGUAUAACUAACUAAAGAGAAAUCGGCGUUACAUUAAAGCAUUAUUCAAACUAUACGUGACAUUUUGAUUUUAAAUAAAUAUUGGUUUUAAAGAUAUAAAUUAUUUGGGCAUUUAAUCAAUUAAUAAGUGUAAUAAUAAUAAAAAUAAUAUUAUUAUAAUAAAAAAAUCGAAAACGAAAUUACCUAAUACUUCAUUAUAAAUUAUACCCUAUAGAAAAAAUAAGUUUAGAUGUUAAGUCGUUAAGUGAUAUUAUUUAAAAGCCAUAAUCACGAUAACAUGCAUGAUGUUGCUAAUUAUUAUUAUACCUGUAUUUUUAAUUUUAGCUGAAUCCUACUACUUUAAUAAAUAUUUCAAUCACAAAUAAUAACUUUUUUUUAAAGAUCAUUUUUACAAUAUAAUAUUAUUAUUUGAGAGUGUAGCGUAUCAUACCCAUUAAAAUAUUCAACUAAUAACAUUUAUACAACGUAACGUACACAAUAUUAUUACUGUUAAUAGACCGAUAUACUAUGUAAAACACAUAAUU